AUGAUAAUCACAACAUGGACUGUGUACAUUUUUUUCCGGACAAAGCUAGGCUUCCCCUUCCCACCAAGGAAGUAUUCGGAUGUUCAAGUGGUAGAAAGUGAUGCUGUGAACGUUGUACAACACUGGUUGAAAAAAACUGAAGAUGAGGCCUGCCAUGACAUCAAGGAGAAGCUCUCCAUCAACCCUUCCAUCCAUGGCCAGGAUGUGCACGUGACCCGAGAUGUGGUGAAGCACCGUUUCUCAAAGGCCGAUCUCUUAGCCAACGCGAGUCAGGAGGUUCUGGAGGAGAGAACAAGGAUCCAGUUCAUAAGAUGGAGCCACACCCGCGUUUUCCAAGUGCCCAGCGAGGCGCAAGAGGAGAUUAUUCGCGAGCGGAUCCAGCAGGUGAGACGAAGCCUCUGCCAACUUUCAGACGAAUCCUCCGAAAGCUUCAGUUGUUGCUCUUGCCCGGAUUGUUACCCCCAGUGCUGA